AUGGCGCUACCGCGAAGGGGCAAAAAGGGAGGGCUCCGCCGCGCGCAUGCGCGGAUACACCCUCGGGCGCCCACGGCGCAUGCGCCCUCCGCCCCGCCGCUUGCGCCCACGCCGCUGCCGGGCCGCGCGCAGGCCGCCGCCCGCCGCGCGCCGCGCGCAGGCCGCCCUAGCCGACCGCGGAGAGAGUCGAUGGCUUCCGGCCCCUCCCACGCACGCCUCCGACCGCCCCCGCGAGCGCAUAGUGCUGCCUGGCGGGGCGGCGCAGGCGUGCGGCGGGCAGGGCGGGGAUGUGGGCGUGGCUUCGGGACGGUGCGGGGACGCGGAGAAAGGGGCGGGGCCGGGCGGCAGCGGCGGUGGCGGCACCGGGCACCGGGGGAUCGCGGGUCGGGCUGGCGGGGACGGAGCGGCCGGGGCCUCUGUGGAGCACAGGGCGCACCCCGGGGUGCCCCGCUGCCGGCGGGCUGCGCACGUCCCUGCACGCCGGUCACCACCCGCAGAAGCCCCCUGCGCCCCGGGUUCCCGCCCCGCCCGUGGCGUGACCCCUGCACCCAUCACUGCCCGUGGGGUGCCCCCCUGCACUCCGGGGCGCCACCCCCCCAUGCGGUGUACCCUCACCCCCCCGGGACCAUCACCCGGCCCCAUGGACGCCCACGUCCCCGCAUGCCGGGUGCACCCCGGUGCCGCGCGGGCCCGUGUCCCCACACCCCGAGGGCCGUCCCUGCCGCAGGGCGCUGCGGAGCCCGCGGGGCUAUUUUUGGGCCGUGGCGUGGCAGCCGCCCGGCGGUGCCAGGGGGCCCCGCGUCACGGGGGUGGCCAGGCCCUGCCGCCUCGGCAUCGCCCUCAUUCCAGCUGGCGCGCCGGGAGCAGCGGUACGGCACGGCCGAUCCCCCAGCUUACAGACGGGGAGAGAUGGCCGGCGGCAUCUUCUCCCCCCUGGGGAGCUGCUCGGAGCUGGAGAAGGCCAACUGCCACCCGCUGGUAUGCCUGCUGUGCCACGAGCCCUACCAGCACCCCUGCCUGCUCGAUUGCUACCACAACUUCUGUGCCAGCUGCCUGCGGGGCCGCGCCAGCGAUGGCCGCCUGCGCUGCCCACUCUGCGGGCACCCCUCGGUGGUGAGGGGGGGCACGGGGCUGCCCCCUGUGGACCGGCUCCUGCAGUUCCUAGUGGACAGCUCAGCCGACAGCGAGGAGGACGUGCAGUGCGCCAACUGCGACCGCCGCUGCGCGAAGGCGGUGAGGGCAGCGGGGUGGGCGGGCAGGGAACUCCCACCGGGGCCGUGCCCGCCACCAGCCACGCUCCUGCCCACGCAGGAGCUGGACACCAUGUACUUCUGCAACACCUGUGGGCAGCCCCUCUGUGCCCCAUGCCGUGAGGAGACCCACCGCGCCAAGAUGUUUGCCCGCCACGAGAUCGUCUCUCUCUCCAAGCGCACCAAGGACAUCCACAAGAAGUGUCCACUGCAUGAGGAGCCCUACAUCAUGUUCUCCACCGAGAAGAAGUCCAUGCUCUGCAUCAACUGCUUCAGGGACAUGCAGGGGGAGAGCCGGGCGCACUGCAUCGACAUCGAGACAGCAUACAUGCAGGGCUGCCAGCGGCUGGACCAGGCAGUGAUGGCCGUGAAGGAGCUGCAGACCUCCACGCGCGAGGCCAUCGUCCUUCUCAAGGCCAUGAUCGAGGAGGUGCGCAACAGUGCCAGCGAGGAGGCGGCGGCCAUCAACUCCCUCUUCGGCCGCAUGCAGGAGCAGCUCUCCGAGAGGAAGAAGGCUCUCCUGAAAGCUGUGCAGAGCCAGCAUGAGGAGAAGGAGAAGGCGUUCAAGGAGCAGCUUGCCCACCUCGCCUCCCUGCUGCCCACCCUACAGGUCCACCUGGUGACCUGUUCAGCCUUCCUGAGCUCUGCCAACAAAGCUGAGUUCCUGGACUUGGGCUACCAACUGAUGGAGAGGCUGCAGAGGAUUGUCAAGCUGCCACACCGCCUGCGGCCAGCGCAGACCAGCAAGAUCAACAGCGAGUACCGGGCAGAGUUUGCCCGCUGCCUGGAGCCCCUGCUGAUGCUCAGCCCCCGCCGCUCUGUGGUGGGCAGCGCCGGCGGCAUCGGUCCUGGCAUCACUGGCACAAACAUGCUCCCCGGCGGCCAAUGCUCCAAGACCCUCAUGGUGCCCGGCUGCACCCCUGCCAGUGAUAAAAUGUCCACCGGCCCCAUAGUGCGGAAGCCGACGAUGCACCGGUACAUCAGCACCAAGGUCCUGCUGGCCGAGGGGCGUGAGACCCCCUUCGCCGAGCACUGCCGCAACUACGAGAACACCUACCGGAUGCUGCAGACGGAGAUCCAGGGCCUGAAGGACCAGGUGCAGGAGCUGCACCGCGACCUCACCAAGCACCACUCGCUCAUCAAGACAGAGAUCAUGAGCGAGAUCCUGCAGAAGUCCCUGCAGAUGGACGUGCAGAUCGCGGCUCACUACUCCGCCGUGGAGAUGAUGCGCAGCGUCUUCGAGGAGGUCUGGGAGGAGACAUACCAGCGGGUGGCAAACGAGCAGGAGAUCUAUGAAGCCCAGCUCCACGACCUGCUGCAGCUGCGGCAGGAGAACAGCUGCCUGACCACCAUCACCAAGCAGAUCGCACCCUACGUCCGCUCCAUCGCCAAGGUGAAGGAGCGGCUGGAGCCCAGGCUGCAGGAGUCCCGGGAGCCCAAGGAGGAACAGGCGCAGAUGCUGCUCAAGAUCUGCGAUGACACUGAAGCAGCGCCAAGGGACGCCUCUCCUGGUGGCAAGGAGGGGGCUCCAGCCAGCCUCAGGGAGGGCUGCACGCCUGGCAGCAGCCCCGCGGACCCCUCCCCAAAUAGCAAAGACUGCUGCAGGGGACAGCAGAAAAGCGGGGCCGAGAGCACCGCCCAGAAAGAGCUUGCACCGUAGAGCCCAACACCGAACGAGCACACAGAGCCACUUGGCGCUCGCGGCGCAGAAGCCAUGCCCCAGCUGUCAGCCGGCUCCUCUUGCCUUGUGCCAUGAGAGAAGGCAGGAAAAGAGUCCGGGCACAGAGCGUCUGCAGCCUGUCGAAAGCCUGCCUUAGAGUGACUUUGCUGAUCUGAAAAAUUAAUUGUCUUUAUACUGUCCCUCUCCUGUUAGAAGUGAAAUAAAAGGGCACAAGUGUA